AUGCCCCGCGGCGCGAAGCCCAAGCUCUACUACAACCCCGAGAUGUCGACCCACACGCACCCGUGGGCUCAUGUCGAAAAGCGAACCCGCGCCAGCGACGUCUACGAGCACUUGGACCGCGCCGGGCUGCUCGGCUCGGUGCAAGUACUCCCGGGCCACAGCGCGUCGGACGAGGAGCUGCGCACCGUCCACACGCAGCGCCACAUCGACGAGGUCGGUCGCAUGACAGCCGCCGCCCGCGCCGACCCGACGAACCGUGAGCUGUGCGAGCCUGACGGGCCGGGAGGCGUCUACUACUCGGGGCACGCCGACGCGGCCGCGCGGCUGGCCUGCGGCUGCGUGAUCGACGCGGCGGUGGGCGUGCUGCAGGACUCGAAGAAUGCCACCGCCACCCGCGCAUCGCCCGGCGACAAGGCUCGCCGUCGCGCGCCGCCCGCCUUUGCCAUUGUGCGGCCUCCAGGGCACCACGCGGGCGCUGACCCGACCGACGGCCACCACGCCGAGGGCUUCUGCUUCUACAACUCGGUGGCGGUGGCGGCAGGGGUCGUGCUCGCCUCCGGCGACGCGAAGAAGGUUGCCAUCCUCGAUUGGGAUGUCCGCCACGGUAAGGUUGCCAUCCUCGAUUGGGAUGUCCACCACGGUAAGGUUGCCAUCCUCGAUUGGGAUGUCCACCACGGCGAGCGGUGGUACCCCGAGACCGGCGCUGCGAGCGGUGGCGAGCGGUGGUACCCCGAGACCGGCGCUGCGAGCGGUGGCGAGCGGCGAGCGGUGGCGAGCGGUGGCGAGCGGUGGUACCCCGAGACCGGUGCUGCGUGCGAGACCGGCGGCGGCGGCGGGCAGGGACGGAACCUUAACGUGCCGUGGACGAGCGACGGACUGGCAGACUCCGACUACCUCGCCGCGUUUCGCCUCGUGCUGUGCCCGGUGCUGGCGCAAUUCUCGCCCGACUUGCUGCUCCUGUCUGCCGGCUUCGACGCCGCCGACGGGGACGCGCAAGGCAAGAUGAAGGUGACGGCCGCGGGGUAUAACUCGCGUGUGACGUGCGAGUGCUGCGAGGCCGUACUGCGAGUGCUGCUCGGCUCUUCGCCGCCGGCGACCUCCCCCACGCUACUCGCCCCGAGCGUUGAGCCGACGCUGCGUAGCGUGCUCGCACACAACGCGCCGCACUGGAGCGGGCUGCGCUACAGCGAGAAGGCGGUGCAGGACUUCUUCGCCGAGGCGGCGCGGGUGGGGAGCGCGCCUCGCGUCUCAAAGCGGCAGCGGACGGCGCCCGCUUUCGCCGACGAGGAGAGAGCGAACCCGCGCGCGGCGGAGCAGCAGAAGCUGGCGGAGAAGCGGGCGGCGAGGGAGGCGGCGAGGGGCGCGGCGGAGGAGGAGCGGGCGGAGAGCGCGGCGGCGCUCGCGCGCGCAGAGAGGGAGGUCAAGGCGGCGAGGCGGCGCUGUCGGGAGGCAGAGGAGGGGCUGCAGGUGUAUCGCGACGACGUGGGUCAGUGGGCAGACGUCAAGUACGACGACGGCGACGAGGAGCGGAGGAGGCCGGCGCUCGAAGACUCGUCGUCGGACGAAGAGGAGGAGGAGGAGGAGGAAGAAGGGGGGCAGGAGGAGGAGGAGGAGGGCGAGGAGCCAAUGCAGGAGUCUUCAGCCGAAAUGUAG